AUGAAGGGCUAUCAACGUGAAUUUAUCGAGUUUGCACUCGCCAAUGACGUCUUAAAAUUUGGUUCUUUUACUCUCAAGUCUGGUCGCGUCUCCCCUUAUUUUAUCAACGCUGGUUUAUUUAACAGCGGAAAGACCUUGGGUGCCAUUGGUAGAUACUAUGCAGCUGCUCUCGAAGACGUUGGGUUUGAAUAUGAUGUUCUCUUUGGCCCUGCCUAUAAAGGUAUUCCUCUCGUCUGUGCCACUGCUUUAUCAUUAUCCAACGAUCAUGGCAAGGAAGCUCCUUUCUCAUUUAACCGUAAGGAAAAGAAAGAUCAUGGUGAAGGAGGCAAUAUCGUUGGUACACCUUUGAGAGGCAAGGUCGUUAUUGUAGAUGAUGUUAUUACUGCUGGAACAGCUAUCAAUGAAUCUAUUGAAAUCAUUAGACAAAACAAUGCUCAACUCACAGGUGUCCUCGUAGCCGUUGAUCGUGCUGAAGUCGCACCUGAUGGUUCUGGUAAGAGCGCCAUUCAAGCCAUUGAAGAAAAGAAUGGAGUAAGCAUUCGUGCGAUCAUCACUGUGGAUCACAUUGUAGAAUACAUGGAAGAAAAAGGAACUUAUGAAGCUGAAUUGAAGUUGAUGAAGGAAUACAGAGCACAAUAUGGUAUUUCUCGUUAA